GUGAACAGUUUGAAGGGUAUCUUCACCUGGAUUCACAGAAGUCAAGGCUGACAGGUGUUCUCUGCCAUCCUUCCAUAGGGACACUGUCUGGAGCCCCUCAUCAAGCCUCAUCUCAGACCUCAGGGAAGUGUCUGUCAACCUUUGGGCCAUCCACCCCCUGAACCCCUUCCACAAGGACAGUGACUCCAGGGCAGCUCCCAAGUGAUGCAGAGAGGAGAGGCCGUGGAGUCCCAGCCCUCCGCCUUCGGGUUCCGGGAAACCCUUGGACUAGCUCAUGAGGAUCUGCCACCAAGCUCAGGGUGGCGCGGAUCAAUGCAGGAUGGGCCCUGCGGAUGCAGAGGGGCCCAGCAAUGCGGGAAUGCACCAAUCCGCACACUCCCGCCCACUCUAUCGCCCCGCCCACCACCAGCUACUGGAAAUUGAGGCUCCUAGGCCAGCAAACUGCCAGUUCCAACUUCCCUUGUGUCUCGCACCUUCUGUCGCCUCUGCCACGGUCAUCAUGUCUCGGGUCCGGCCCGCCACCGUGCUGGGUGCCAUGGAGAUGGGGCGCCGCAUGGACGCUACCUCCAGCGCCGCUUCGGUGCGCGCCUUCCUGCAGCGCGGCCACACGGAGAUCGACACGGCCUUCGUAUAAGCGGACGGCCAGUCCGAGACCAUCCUGGGCGGCCUGGGGCUCGGGCUGGGCGGCGGCGAUUGCAGAGUGAGAAUUGCUACCAAGGCUGUUGCAAUGAAUGGGAAAACACUGAAGCCCGAUGAUGUCCGGUUCCAGUUGGAGACGUCACUGAAGCGGCUGCAGUGUUCCCAGGUGGACCUCUUCUACCUGCACAUACCCGACCAUGACACCCCUAUAGAAGAGACGCUGCAGGCCUGCCACCAGCUGCACCAGGAGGGCAAGUUUGUGGAGCUUGGUCUGUCCAAUUAUGCCUCCUGGGAGGUGGCUGAGAUCUGUACCCUCUGCAAGAGCAACGGCUGGAUCCUGCCAACUGUGUACCAGGGCAUGUACAACGCCACCACCCGGCAGGUGGAAAAGGAGCUCUUCCCCUGCCUCAGGAACUUUGGAUUGAGGUUCUAUGCCUACAACCCUUUGGCUGGGGGCCUGCUGACUGGCAAGUACAGGUAUGAAGACAAGGACAGGAAGACCGAGGGUCGAUUCUUUGGGAAUCAGUGGUCUCAGAUAUACAUGAACCGCUACUGGAAGAUGGAACACUUCAAAGGUAUUGACCUAGUGGAGAAGGCUCUGCAGGCUGCCUAUGGCACCUAUGCCCCCAGCAUGACCUCAGCUGCUCUAAGGUGGAUGUACCACCACUCACAGCUCAAGGGCACCUAUGGGGAUGCAGUCAUCCUAGGCGUGUCCAGCCUGGAGCAGCUGGAACAGAACUUGGACUUGGUUGAGGAAGGUCCCCUGGAACCAGUUGUUAUGGAUGCCUUUGACCAAGCCUGGAACCUGGUUGCCCAUGAUUGUCCCAACUACUUCCGCUAGGCUCUCUGACUUGGGGAGGUGCAGAGGGCACAGCCUGUCCCCUCAUUCUCUACCUGGGUCAGUUUGGGCCUUGAGCAGAUUUGACUGUUCUGUGUUUUUUUUUCUAGUGCCUUGUUAUACACCUGGUUACCUUGUGUGUGAAGGCUGGCUGAGCUCUGCCCCAGCAUCUCCUGUUGAAUAAAGCUGGCACCCGUCCUGGCUACAUCGCAAGCGCCGUGGCAGACCUGGUGGCCUUGCUCUCUCCAG